GAAGGGGGCGUGUUGUUAGCUGUUAGCCUGCGUGCUAACCGUGCGAGCUAAAGUUGACUUUCACUUUCUGAAGCUGGGAUUCUGUCAGCGGGAUGAACCGGGCUUCCAGGAAAACGAAACUGGACGCUGUCACCGCUGACGCUAACUCAUUUUAGCUAGUAGAUGUCGUUAUGUAACUCUCUUUGGUGGCGAUAUUGACAACUUUUAGCGCAAAGUUUCGCCCCGCUUGACGUGCAAAACACGCAGGUAUCUUUAGCGGCUAGCCCCCAGCUAGCAUGGACGGCGGCGGAAGCAUGCAGAGUAUUGACGAGAGGGGUAUCGAGAAAUUAAUGGAUGACUACUUGAAAUCGAUCGGUUUGCAUCGAAAGAAGAUAGCCAAAGACGGGUCCUGUUUGUUUCGGGCUGUCGCCGAGCAGGUGCUGCAUUGCCAAAGCCUUCAUACUAAAGUCAGGGCGAAGUGUGUGGAGUUUCUGAAGCAGAACAGAGACACCUAUGAGGCGUUUAUUGAAGGUGACUUUGAGGACUACCUGUGCAAGCUUCAGGAUCCACAGCAAUGGGUGGGAGAGGUGGAGAUCAACGCGCUGGCCGCCAUGUACAAGAGGGAUUUUCUGAUCUUCCAGGAGCCCGGCAAGCCAGCCGUCAACAUCACAGGCAACAACUUCAAGGACAAGGUACAGCUGUGCUUCCUGAACGGGAAUCACUAUGACAGCGUUUAUCCCAUCAGCCGGAUCAAGAACACCGCGCUCUGCCAGUCCGUCCUGUACGAGCUGCUGUACGAAGGCGUGUUUAAGGUGGACCGCAGCUAUUUGGGUUCCUGUCAGCGGAGCAGCCGACCCGCCGACCUCCUGAGCGACGACUGCAUGCCCGCCUGCGCCAGCAGCGACGACUCCGACCUGGAUGUAGACGAGGCGCUGUGGGUGGAAAAUGGAACCAGCUCUACUUCCACAAAGCACAACCAAAGCUACAGGGGCCGUGGGCGUGGGCUGCCUCAGAGGGUGAGGCGAUCUUUGAACCCGACAUUGCUCAGAAAUGUCGAGUACGAUGUCUGGCACAAGUCCAAGAGAGCCCAGCAGAAGAUGGAUUACUGCAUCGCUGCUGGGAUGCAGUUCACUGUAGGAGACCGCUGCCAGGUUCGUCUCGAGGGAACCAAUCGGCUCUACAGCGCCGUCAUCAAGGAGGUGCCGGCCAAUAACCAGCCAGUGACCGUUUACAUAGAAGAUCUGGGCAGGAAGCAGGUGGUGCCUUUGUGGAGUGUCCGCCCUCCCAGUGAUGACAGCGGGUGGAGCAAAGUGGGCAACCGUGACAAGAGGCUCAGCAACGGGCAUGGAGGAGAGUGGGAGGAGCGGGGGAAAGGCCGAGGAAGGGGGAAGUCCGUCGGGCCAUCAUCGUCCUCUGGUUCUCAGGCAGCGGCGCCGGGCUCAGGUGGCCGCAUGGUGAAGCAGCACUCCUGGCCCCCGCAGGCCACCGUAGAGGAGCAGGGCGGGGCCAAAACCAGCAGGAAGUCCGUGGGCGCAGCGGAGGUGGCGUUCGGUCUGACAGAGGAGCAACGAUUGGCCAAAGAGGAGGAGGAGAGAAACGUGGCGUUGGUGGAGAUCCAGCUCAGAGACGAGCACAGCUUCCCCGCACUCGGCUCUCAGCCGGGGACGCAGGGAGAGGGAGGGAAGAGGAAAGGAGAGAAGAAACGAUCUCAGAGGAACAAGACGAAGAGCCCCGUUGAAGACGUCAGAGCUCCCUCUCCUUCUGCCGGGGACAAACCCAAAUCCUCCACCCCGCCUCUUACAGCAACCUCUACAACCACUACACCUGACACCAUGACCAGCCCCGCCCUUCCUGCUGCUAAGCCUUCUGACUCCACCCCUCGGGGCUGAAUUUUGUCAAGGCCUUGACGCCAAACGCAAGCCCCUCUGUCAGCCUGCCACUCACUUCUGCAGCUCCGGCCGCUAAAACAAACACACCUUCCUACGCCUCAGCCACUGCUGCGUCAGGCUCUCCUCCUCCUCCUGCUGCUGCCCCGACUGCUAAACCUUCUCCAAAAAGCGAAGCACCGCUGCCUCCCUCUGUCCCAUCAUCCGCCUUCUCCUACAGCACCCCCGUUCUCCCCGCAGCUUCACCCACCUCCUCCUCAUCCUCUAAACCCCCCCCUGCAUCUCUUCUUCCUCCUAAGCAAACCGCCUCUCCUCCUCCUUCCUCCUCAGUUCCUCCUCCCACUUUCAUCACUCCUAUCGCUUCCCCACCCACAGCUGCACCAGGCUUCCCUGCCGCCCGCUCCUCUCCACCUAUCACUUCUCUCCUCCGCUCUCAGACUCCACCCUCCUCCUCCUCCCUAAUUCAUCCUUCAGCUGAAGUCCGGGAGGCUCCACCUGCUCCACCUCCAACCACAAAUUCUUUACCAAAAUCUGGAGGCCCUCUGAUGGCAUCUCAAGCUUUCCAAAGUCAAAUUCCUCCACCUGAGGUCCAGACCCAGGUCUCUGUGCCCUCAGCUGAGGAACAAACAGAGUCUUCUUUACCCCAAAUCCAGACUGAAAGUCAGGCUUCUCUACCACAAAUCCUGGGCCCACCCAUGAUGCUGAACGAGCCCCAGGAUCAGCCGCAGUCCAGCACAGAGGCACCUGUCCUGCCUCAGACUGACCUCCAGCCCCACAUUCAGACCUCUUAUCCCACUCCUGUGGCUUCCUACCCCCAGGCCUCCCUUCCCCACCCCCCGCCCAGGCUCCUCACCCUCCCAGGCUCCUCACCCCUCCCAAGUCCCACAUCCCUCCCUUUCUCUCUCUGCCUCCACCAUUGUUCCCCAGACUCAAACCGAAGCCCCACCACAACAGCUCCAGUCUGCACCCGAGUCUCAAACUCCACUUGCCUCCGAGAAGCCAUCCCCACCUCACCCCCCUCAUACUGCUCCUCCUCCUCAGCCCCUCCCCGGACCCGUCCCCCUGCAGCAGAUGUCCCAGCUCUACCAGGACCUCCUUUAUCCUGGAUUCCCCCAGGGAGAGAGAGGCGAGAUAGCUGCGACUCCAAACCUUUCUUCCAACAAGUCCGGGGACGACCUGCCCACUGACGUCAACAUCUUGAGGUUUUUCUUUAACUUGGGGGUUAAGGCCUACUCUAUGCCCAUAUACCCACCAUACCUGUACCUCGUCCCCCUGCAGCAGGC